UUGAUGAUGACGAUCAGCCUGAUAUCCAAGAUCUUAUAAAGAAAAAGAAGCGAGUGUAUGAGGCACCGAAGGCCCAGAAUUACUACCAUUUCGAGUAUUACCUUGUGCCGGAUAAUGAUGAUGUUAUGAAAACUGAUGUUGUUACGUAUGGUAUGGGAGCGAAAAUUUACAUGGAAAAACAAGACGCUAUUGUGAAGAAAGUAUGGCAUGAUGGAGAUGUCACAUGGAUAGCAUGGACUUAAAAGCACAAGCUAUUUGUUACCAAGGACGUAUUAUUAAAGUUGUAUAACCACACCCUGGAGCUAAGAGUUUGGGAUACCAAGGAUAAAGUUGGCAUGAGGGCUAAGUUUGACCGUCCAAAACUGUUUAAACUUCCGAGUUUAAAAUCAGGUGAGGAUGUAGAAGACAUGGGAGGGGUUAAAGGAAUGGUGAUGACACAGUGUAGAAGUUUUACCGACAUGCAGCCAAAAAAGGCACGUGACAUUCGACCAUUGCCAAAAGAGAUAACAUUCCAAAAACCGGACCCACCAGGACACAAGAAAAGAGACCCAACACCUGCUGUUGAGAAACCUGGGUCUCGAGCCAGUGGGGAUAAACUGGCUGGAGGGCAGGGGGCAUCAUCCCCAACCCCUCAUACUUUAGUUGGUGUGGUUAAGAGAGAUGAUGAUUUUGAUGGAAGGUCAUCGUUCAGUAGACUAGGUCGUCUAGCCGACCAUGAUGAUGCUCCACCUGAGAGACAUGAUUCUCGUGCCAGUAAAGUCAGCUCAAAGAAGUCACGCACAGUCUCCCAGGCCUCAAAGACCCGUACAGAACAGGCCAGCACCCCUAAUAGUAAAGCAAGACAAGGUGCAAAAUCUGCUGGUUCCUCUGGAUCAAGCAAAGCUAUUCAAGCCUCAAACCAGGGCUCGUUUCAGCCUCGAAGGCGAAAUCGUAAGGCAGAAUUAGCGGCCCAGACUGCCGCAGAGCAUGUAAAGAGGAAUGGUAUCUGUAUGGUACCAAUCAGAAUGGCUGUCCUCUUCUCUGGUGUAGAAACGAUUACAAACCGGUUGGAUACCCCGGUGCCAGGCCUCGAGGAUAUGUUUGUUACCUUACAGCUUAACAAACCGUUACUGAACGAGAAACAGAAACAGGAGUUGAACCCAAUGAUCAUCAAUAUUCACUCUGUUACCAACAUGCCCGCGUCACCGAUGACCCAUGAACAGCUGAAAGACAGAUGUAUGCCAGUAUAUUGUAGAUAUUCGUUCUUCAAUCUGUCCCCACAUGCGACGUUGAAGCGACCACAUGCACCGAACGUGUACUAUGACGACAUUAACGUCAUACUGGCAGGGACAUUUGAGCCGUCAGAAUUCCGGCAGUAUCUAAAUGGCCCGCCAAUGGAAAUUGAGGUGCAUGAUAGGGACCGGAAACUGGAAGAAAUGAAGUUGAAGGCUUCACUGUUCGGAGAUGACCUUGAAGAUGAAAAGAUCAGUAAUGUCGGCACUGUGGCAAGCAGGAGGACUCUGCACAAUCCAUUCAAAGACAAGUCAAAGAUUUGGGAUCCAUAUGGUGUUUCUAAGGUUGAUCUAUCUGACCUUCUCCUAGGCCAUAGAUAUCUCUACAUUAAGGUUCCCGUUCACAAUUGUCCCCCACCCGAUCUACUCGGUCUCCGAGACAACUCUUUGUCAGGAAAAGUUAUGGGCCUUGCAGGCGCAGUUGAUGGGCCAGUGGAUAGUCCAAUGCCUGCGGGUCAUUACAUGUCCAACAAUACAAUGUUGAAAAUUAAAGUGGAGCUAACCCAUCCGUUAGUUACACCACAAGAGGUAGCAAGCAAGCCACACAUUGAGUCCAGUAACGAGUGUCCAUUUGGUCGAAUCGUUUUCAAGUUUGACUACAAGAAUACACAGUUAUUAAACCAACUUCAAACACUAGUCACGAAGAUCAAUGCACGUGCUCUCGAGCUAGAUGAUAUGCCUCAGCAUGUUGUGGAUGCAGCCCUCUCAACUUACAAACUAUCUGGGAUUCAGCAACAGAGUAGGACGUUAGAUAUCAUCACUGGUUUCCAAGUACUGGAUGGUUCCAUGCAUCUAUUUGUGCUGGAAGGAUUAAGGGAACAAGCAAUUAAGGAAGUUUGGGAGUCAUUACCACAGCCUGAAAACUCAGAUGUCACUGUACUGUAUCAUAGCAACCUAAGUUUUAGCGAGAGAUUGUAUGGCCCACUGGAUGUUGACUUGUGUCGUGUCAAGUUACACGAGCCGCUAGUGCAGAUUGUUCAACAACCACUUCUCUAUGUCAGAGACAUGGUUCCUAAACCAUGCUUUGAUGCCCUUGUCAAAUUGCACGAGAUUCUGCACUAUUUUGUUUUACAGGAAGAGGUAAAGAAGGCCAGCGAGAUUAUUAAGAAGGAGAAAGAAAUGAAUAAACCACUGACAGUUAAAGCUGAUGUCACAGUUGCUCACAAUUACAGUUCACAGACUCUCAACUCUACUGAUCUUGCUAAAGAGAAACUCAGACAGAUGUUAGCUAAGGAUCCUGAUACAAGAUACACAUACUGUCAAGAUUAUCUCCACUCUAUGACAGUUGUACCUGUUAAUGUUGAAGCUCUGAAGAAGCAGGAGAAAUUAGAUUCCGAGGCGAGAUGGAAGACCGAGGAAGGCUGGAUAUAUCCGGGCAUGAAAUCCACCCUGGAAGCCAACGAGCAUCCGAAACAUCCUCAUACAGCCAGAGUUGAUGAACUACAAGAGAAAUGGCGGGAAAAUAUGCUACAUGUUGGUUUACUGCAAGCCCCAUUGGACAGAGAUCGUUACCCGUGGGACAUUAGAGAUAAAGAUAUGGAACUUUACAAGGUACCGGAAAUCAACUUCGGAAUUCCGGAACAUGGAACAAUACACCUGGCAGGAGAAAAACUCAGGCAGGAAAAACUGGAGGCAAAAAGCAAAGAUUUUGCAAGUUGGGAAUCUAAAAUUGUUGUUGAAGAUACGCGGCAGUAUUUCCAUAGUCAGUUAAUCUACUUAAUGAUACCCCAUUUUUUCAGUGUUUACCAUAAAGAGAGAACAAGAAUGUGGAGAAGACCUAUAGUUCCAUUGACUGAAGAGGAAAGGGAUAAUCAUCUAUUUAGAAUUCCCGAUGAUCCAAAGAGAUUCCGCGUUUUACCGGAAUUAUCUAAUAAUCUUAGAGAAAGAUCUGUAACUCAACCGCAGAUUUCAACAAAUAGCGUAAAUGCAUCAAAGACUGAUCCGCAACCUUCUACACUUUCCGUACCAACAUCGUUCAACGAUCCCUCGAUACAGACGUCAACGGAACCAUCCAGAACAGUUACAAUGGAAAAAUCGGCACUAAGUCAACCAAUGAAGGCACCAAAAAUAAUGCAGUUGGUCAAUUAGGAAGUUAAUGACUUAGAUUUUAAAUAUGUAACUUUUUUUUUUGGACACAGUGCAAAUGACACUACCUAGGGAACAAACAUCCUUUUCUUUGUAAUUCUUAUAUGUGAAGAAAAAAAUUAUGAUACAAAUAAAAACAACCACUAUUAAAGAAGAUUAUAUCCCAAAUGGUGUUAAUUUUUCUGCAGUUUGAUUGUUUUUAAUGUGAUUUUGUUUGGAGUUAGAAAUGAAACAAUGCUGUUUUGUUUAUGUUUGCAUAGGGUAAUUUAUUAUAACCGAUAACUGAUAAAAAGUGAUCAGGUACAUUUGUGUAUGUUCUGUCCAACCUAAAAUGUGCAUGUUGUGAGUUUUAUCAUGUAAUGUUCCAAAUUUAGCAUUGAAAUU